GCCCGGGCCGCCGAACCCAGCCCCGCCGGGCCCCCUGCCUCGCGCGCUCUCGGCCCGGCCCCGCGGGGACCCGGUCCCCGCGGCCGCCGCCGCCCCUCCCCCCGGGUCCGGCGGCUUCCGGACCUUUCCGACCGCAGACUGAGCGGUGGGAGCCUUCUCGCCCCCGGCGGACAGUGGGGCCGGGCUGAGCGGACUCUCGCGGCCGCUCCGGACGCCGCGGGUGCCGGAGUGCGGACCUUCUGGGUCCGGGUUGAGCGCGCCCCGGGCGCCCAGCGGUACCCGCUCACUCCGGGCAGGGCAGGCAGAUCCCGGCGGAGCCCGGAGCCGGCCGAUCUGGACUGGACAGAGCAAAUCCCUGACUGUGCCGAGCCUGGGGGAUCCCGGGAGUGGGCUGAGGGGAUCCCGGCGCCCUCCGAUCCCUCCGACUUUGGCUCACACGCUGGGACCGGCCCGGCGUCGCCUCGGUCGCCCGGCGCCCGGGUCACCUGUGGCCUCGGAGCCCCGAGCCCCCCGGACCCUCUCUGGUUCCCGACCCGGAGCCCGGCGGGGGUUGGGGGAGAUUUUUCUGGCCCCCUUCCUUGGAGCGCGGAGGCCCCGCCCCCUCCCACCGUCCAGAUGUCUCCCAAGGCGGCUCUGAGGACCUCCCUGUGGCCGGGGGCCGAAGGGUCCAGAGAAAGAAGCCCGCCCUAGGGAGCCUUGGGGGCCCCCCAACGUCCUCUUGGGGCUUGGCCCCCGACGCUGCUGGGAAGGAAGGCUGGUGUCCCCACCAUUGGGGGCUGCCCUUCUCCAUCCAGCUCCCUUUUCAGAGCUGCCCACAUCUGGAGCCCCCACCACAACCACAUCUGGAAGACCCCAGCCACCGUCCCUCUGCAGGUGUCAGUUGCACCCGGAGACCUCUGCCUUUGCAACCUCCUAGGAGUUGUGAGGGAUUCCUGCUGCCUUCCCCCAUCCCAAGGGCAUCUCUUACCCUUAGUCCCUGCAGAGUCAUCCCCCUGCCUCGGUGUCCAGGCUCAGCCAGAGAUCAGCUCAGCCCAGGCACAGGCACUCCAAGUCCUGGCGGCCACUCCUGAGGCCCAAGGCCCCUCCCCCUGUCCUCCUGUGUCCUCACCUUGACCCCCUCCGUCAGACUCUGUCUUCCUCUGGGUGUCCCAUUCCCCACCCAGAGGCAGAGGAGGCGGGGUGGCAGGGGGCAGGGGCUGGGUGAAGGCCACCCAGGGCCAGGGUGGGCUGGGGGGCCGUUAAGAUGUGGAGCUCUGCCUGGCCGAGGGGGGCUCCGUGGUGGCAGACGCAGCGUGUGCCCGGCUGGGGGGAAUAUGGGCAGGCCUGCAGCAACGUGGUAAAGGAUGAACAUUCGGGGCGCCCCGGACCUCGGGCAGCCCAGUGACGACCCCAGCAGUGGUGGCCAGCGGGAGCGGAUCCGACAGCGCAUGAAGAUGGUCAUCGGGCAGCUUGAGGGCAUCCUGCAGGAACUCAAGGAGGUGGCCAAGGAGCUAAGGGAGGUGGUGAGCCAGAUCGAUAAGCUAACCUCAGACUUCGACUUUGAACUGGAGCCAGACGACUGGACCACGGCCACUGUGAGCAGCACCUCCAGCAGCGACAAGGCGGGCGUGGGCGGCCCCUUCGACCUGGGGCACCUGGACUUCAUGACGGCGGACAUCCUUUCAGACAGCUGGGAGUUCUGCUCCUUCCUGGACGCAUCCACGCCCUCGGACUCCGUGGACGGCCCUGAGCUGACCCGGCCCGGGGCUGGCCCUGACUACCGGCUCAUGAAUGGCGGCACGCCCAUCCCCAAUGGGCCUCGGGUGGAGACCCCGGACUCCUCCAGCGAGGAGGCCUUCGGUGCUGGUCCUGUGAAGGGCCAGCUGCCCCAGCGGACCCCGGGCACACGCGAGAGGGUACGGUUCAGCGACAAAGUGCUCUACCACGCUCUGUGCUGUGAUGACGAGGAAGAGGACGGCGAGGAGGCGGUGGCGGAGGAGGAGGUGGGCCUGUCCCCAGAGCCGCCACGUCCAGAGGCCCAUGUAGGCCCCCUCAAGCCCUCCCCUGCUCCCUAUAAGCCAAGGCGCUCUCCAUUGACUGGCCGCCGCCCAGGCCCCACCUUGGCCCCCGAGCAGACCCGAAGGGUCACAAGGAACAGCAGCACCCAAACGGUGUCAGACAAGAGCACUCAGACGUUGCUGCCCUACACAGCUGCCAAACAGAAAGCCAAGGGGAAAAACUAGGGGCUGGGGAGGGGCCUGGGGGGCGGUGGGUACAUAGAGCUAUAAAUAUAUAUAUAUAUACAUAUAUAUAUA